AUUCCCCUAUUUUACUCCUAUUUGUUCAGCUCCACUCUUGAGCUCUGCUGAGCCCCAUCAAAGCACCCAAGAAGAAAAUGGCCAUAAUUGGAGACCCAGUGUUGGGAUUUUUCAUCACAGUGGUCCUGGUGUGCCUUCAGGAAUCUUGGGCCAUCAAAGAGGAUCAUGUGAUCAUCCAGGCCGAGUUCUACAUGAAACCUGAUGAGUCAGGAGAGUUUAUGUUUGACUUUGACGAUGAUGAGAUUUUCCACGUGGAUAUGCAAAAGAAGGAGACGGUCUGGCGGCUUAAAGAAUUUGGUCAAUUUGCCAGCUUUGAGGCUCAGGGUGCAUUGGCCAAUAUCGCUGUGGACAAAGCCAACCUGGAAACUAUGAUAAAGCGCUCCAAUAACACCCCGAACUCCAACGGUACCUCUCCCAGCUGCACCUCUAGAUGUGGGAAUCGUAGCUUUUAAAUAGACGCUUCAGCUCUUUUUGUUGUAUUAUUGUGAAUGACUUUCCCUUCUGGGGGCCUCACCUUGCCACAUCAAGCCCUAAAUUCUCAUGCUACAGGCCCAACUACCUCAUGGGGCUUUCCAUUUCCUGGUCAUUUCCUCACAUCUUGUCUGCCAUCCACUGUCAUUCAAAAAGUUACUGCCCUGAAUCUAUGCAUGGGAGGCCAGGAAUGAAGUCCUUGGAUACCUUAUACCUCAAUAGUGGUUACAGCUUAUGGGUGAACGUGUCAGAGAUGGGUAUCUGAGUCCGUGGCAUAGAUUCUCAG